AUGCCUCUGCUCACCCUGCGGUGUCCCAACAGUACCACGUACGGUUCGGGGCACCGGAAGUCCCGCUUCACAGAAAUCACCGUUGGCCAGCUUCCUUUUGGAGUUUUGGUGGCUGGGGUUAUGGCUGCUGUCAUGAUGCCUCCCAGCAUUGUUUAUAAACCUAAAGAAGUACUGAAUCCAACUUUCAAAGUAACAAAUUGUUACAGAUCCAAAGGUCACAAUCCGCUUCGUCAGACUAAAGAGAACCCUGGACAGAACCACCAGCCAGAAGAGAUCCAGACACUGACCAUGCAGCUCAGACACAUUGGGGACAGUGUCAAUCACAGGAUGAUUCAAGAGCAUUUUCCACAGGAAGUUGGGAACGUGCUGGUUCCACUCGUGGCACUCAUGUUCAUGAGGGGCCAGGUGCUGCUGCGAUUUUUCUGGAACAACCAUUUGCUGUAA